AUGGUCGGUGCUAUUGGUAGGGCUGCUGCAUCCCUGAUCAAAUUUUUCAUGCGCAAAUGGCUGGUAGCCUUGGGCACAUGCAUCUUAUUGCAUGCUUUGACAAAUCUCCGACAAAAUGUCUUCAAUUUCCAAUCCGAAGUAUAUGGCAUCAACGAACGAUUGAAAUUACUCGAGAUAGAAGUUGAGGAAAAAAGUAAGAUCAUUCGAAGUCUCAUGAGUGCGACCUCGAACCUGGUUACAAAACACGAUUUCAGCCUCUUCCAAGCCGAGCAUUCGACAAACGGAAACUCAGAAGCCCACAGAACUUCAAAUGGAAUGAUCCCAAAUUUAAUGGAUGCCUCCCCUAGAAAAAACUUCGCCUCUUUUCCUGCCGGUGCAAACAUUCUUCAAUCCUGGACGUCUCCAACAUGGUAUCGUUAUCUCAAUUCAGACUCUACAUUCAUCAACAAACGUUCGAAGGUGGAAGGAAAUCCUCCAAUCACGGUACUCAUUUCAGACCUCAGCCUCGGAGUAUGUUGGCCAUUUUCCGGCGAAAAGGGGCAGAUCGGGAUUCAACUUUCACGAGUUAUUCAUAUCACGGGUAUUACUAUUUCACAUGUCUCUCACACCGUGGCCUACGAUAUUCGAACAGCGCCAAACAAGUUUGAGCUCUGGGGAUUGGGCUUGAAUCACCAAGAAAAUUUAGAUUUACUACAUGUAGGGACCUAUGAUAUAAAAGCUGCACAAAACAUCCAAUAUUUUGCAGUAUCUUCACCCAAAACCAGCCUUUACUCUAAGAUUCUUGUCAAAAUUAGGUCUAAUCAUGGAAAUCACGACCUGACUUGCGUGUAUCAAAUAAGUAUUCACGGAGAAACCCAAGAACAUCCUGAUGGAAUAGAAAACCUUCCCAAGGAGUUGAAUUAUAUAGUUCCCACUUGAUUCUUAUGGUGUGCUUGUUUUCUCUGAAUCUGUUGAUAUUAUUCUCUUCUGGUAAUUUGUUUCCAAAUAGUGUUUAUUUCUGCCUCCUUGAUGAUACUGAAACAAAUGUCAAAUUCCUCCAGAAAAAAAGAUGAUCUCAUUCCACAAUAAGAAACCAUAUGCACCAACCAGUUGGUUUGUGCUGCCAUGAAGGGUUUACAUACCUUUAACCCUGUUUUAAAGUA